UUUAAGUCCUCUGAAAGGAGUUGUUGAGAAAUUCGUUUUUCUACUACUCAUUCAGAAAUAACAAAGUUAUUUACAUUUAUUGUUAAUUACUUUACAAAUGAUUUGGUCAAACAAAAUAACUAUUAUUGGUUACGUUUUACUAUUUACUAUUAUACUAUUCACUGAAUGUCUGCCUCAGUCUAAAGGAAAUCAAAUCAUUCCUGGUUACUCUGCAUAUGAAUAUUUAAAUGAACCAAAGAAACGUAUGUUGAAUGGACUUAGAUUUCAAGAAUUACUUCGUUUACAAAAAUUAAAAGAUAGUGCCAAAUGGCUUGAAGAUCUUGGGAAACGUUCCUUUAUUUAUGGAGUGGAUUCAUUAGCUGAUGAUGAAUAUGAUUGAAUUGAACCUUAAUAUUGACGCCACCGACCAAAAUUACUAAAAAAACAAACUUUUGCCAAAGAGUUAACAAAUGUAGUACAAAUUGCUACGAUAUUUGUAAAUGAUUUUAUUUAUAAUAAGUUUGAUAAAGAAUAACAGUUUUGUGUAAAA